AGCAUUUUGAAUCAGAAGGCUAGAAGUACAUAUGAAUGCCCAAUCUACUAGUUUCUUCUAUUGAGGCAUUGCGAUUCGUGAGUGAUACUUACUAGUCCUCUUCUCUCUCUUUUCAAGACUCGGUUGCUGGCUAUCAGGUGGAUAAAUACUCUGUAGUCAUGAGCAAAACUCUCGCAGGCAAGAUUGCUGUAGUAACAGGUGCAUCGAGGGGCAUUGGAGCAGCAAUCGCGUUGGAAUUUGCGGAAAGAGGUGCCAAGGGUAUUGCUAUCACAUACAACUCCGACAGCACAGCCGCCGAAGCCAUCGUGCAAAAAAUCAAGAACUUAGGCAGUGACGCUUUUGCACUCAAGGUCGACCUCCUAGAUCCCGAGGCCGGAGAAAAAAUUGUAAAAGCAGUCCUGAACGGUUUCAAAACCAACGGCAUCGACAUCCUAGUCAACAACGCAGUCCUCCUCCACCAAACCCCCUUCGCCUCUACCACGCUCUCUGACUUCCGCAUCAUGUUCGACGCCAACCUCGCAGGCCCCAUCUUCAUCACACAAGCCGUGCUCAAAGUCAUCAAACCCCAAGGACGCAUAAUCAUGAUCUCGUCACAGGCCUCAAUAGUGCCGAGUCCGAGCCCGUUCAUGCUAUAUGCAGCGGCAAAAGCGGCGCUGGAUCAUUUGGCGAGGAGUCUGGCGUUGGAGUUUGCAGAAGAAAAGAAGAUCACGGUCAACUCGGUUAUGCCGGGGCCGACGGCUACAGCAUCUAUGCAGUGGGCUGACGGUCGACUAGAUGCGAUGAAACAACUUGAUGCUGCUAUGUUGAAGCAACUAUCAAGCAAACCGACAGCAGAGAAAAGGUUGGGGACUCCCGAGGAGAUAGCUCAUGUGGUUGCAUUCUUAGCAGAGGACAAAACGAGAUGGAUCAAUGGGCAGGCAAUUGACGUGACGGGGGGAUGUAUGGCUUGGUAA